AUGAAGAUGAGACGCCAUAAGCUCUUUCUGACUCUCUGCAUGGCUGGUCUCUGCCUCAUCUCCUUCUUGCACUUCCUCAAGGCCCUUUCCUAUGUCACCUUCCCCCGGGAGCUGGCUUCGCUUAGUCCCAACCUUGUCUCCAGCUUCUUCUGGAACAAUGCCCCUGUCACACCUCAGGUCAGCCCUGAGCCAGGGGGUGCAGAGUUCCUCCGCACACCCCUGUACUCCCACUCCCCCUUGCUCCAGCCCCUGCCUCCCAGCAGAGCCAGCGAAGAGCUGCACAAAGUCGAGUUUGUGCUGCCAGAAGACAUGACAGAAUAUUUUGUCCGUACCAAAGCUGGCGGUGUUUGCUUUAAACCAGGCACCAAGGUGUUGGAGAAGCCACCUGUGGGAGGGCGGCCGGAGGAGCGAGCAGAUGGCGCAGCCUCGGGGCGGCCGGGCCGCCUUCCCACGCCUGGCAGGGCACCGCGGCGCAAGUGGGUGGAGUGCGUGUGCUUGCCGGGUUGGCACGGCCCCAGCUGCGGGGUCCCCACUGUGGUCCAGUACUCCAACCUGCCCACCAAGGACCGCCUCGUGCCGCGGGAGACCCCCCGACGGGUCAUCAACGCUAUCAACGUCAACCAUGAGUUUGACCUGCUGGAUGUCCGCUUCCAUGAGCUGGGAGACGUGGUGGACGCCUUUGUGGUGUGUGAGUCGAACUUCACGGCCUACGGAGAGCCGCGGACUCUCAAGUUCCGUGAGAUGCUCCUCAACGGCUCCUUCGACUACAUCCGCCACAAGGUGCUCUACGUCUUCCUGGACCACUUCCCCCAAGGCGGCCGCCAGGACGGUUGGAUUGCUGACGAUUACCUGCGCACCUUUCUCACCCGGGACGGCAUCUCUCGCCUCCGCAACCUGCGCCCGGACGAUGUCUUCAUCAUCGAUGAUGCUGAUGAGAUCCCAGCCCGUGACGGCGUGCUCUUCCUCAAGCUCUAUGAUGGCUGGACAGAGCCCUUCGCCUUUCACAUGCGUAAGUCACUCUACGGCUUCUUCUGGAAGCAGCCAGGCACUUUGGAGGUGGUCUCGGGCUGCACCAUGGGGAUGCUCCAGGCUGUCUAUGCUACCGAUGGGAUCCGUCUACGGCGCCGCGAAUACUACACCAUGCCUGGCUUUCGGCAGUAUGAGAACAGCACAGGACACAUCCUGGUGCAGUGGUCGCUGGGCAGCCCCCUCCACUUUGCUGGCUGGCACUGUUCCUGGUGUUUCACCCCAGAGGGGAUCUACUUCAAACUGGUGUCAGCUCAGAAUGGGGACUUCCCCCGCUGGGGUGACUACGAGGAUAAACGAGACCUCAAUUAUAUCCGGGAGCUGAUCCGGACUGGUGGCUGGUUCGAUGGUACUACGCAGGAGUAUCCCCCUGCCGACCCCAAGGAGCAUAUGUACGCUCCCAAGUACCUGCUCAAGAACUACCAACGAUUCCGCUACUUGUUGGAGAACCCCUACCGAAAAGCGGAGGGCACUGGGUGAGGCCACCAGGGCUCACGUGGGAAAUCAGAACUUCAUGACAAAGG